AUGGCGACCGACGCCCCUCCUGCGAACGCCAACGACUCGUGCGUCGGCCCGCAGUCCGAGCGAGCGGGCACGGCCGACGGCUGCGCGGGCUGUCCGAACCAGAGCGCAUGUGCCUCAGGCGCCGCCCGUGCGCCGGACCCCGCCGUCUCGGACGUGCAGCAGCGCCUCGCGCACGUCAAGCACAAGCUCCUGGUGCUGUCGGGCAAAGGCGGCGUGGGCAAGAGCACUGUGGCGUGUCAGGUGGCGUUCGCGCUGGCGAGCAGAGGGUACCAAGUGGGGCUGCUGGACGUGGACAUCACGGGGCCCAGUGUGCCCCGCAUGUUGGGCCUCGUGGGCCACGAAGUGCACCAGAGCGCGGCCGGGUGGUCGCCCGUCUACGUGGACGACAACUUGGGCGUCAUGUCCAUUGGGUUCAUGCUGCCGAACGCCGACGACGCCAUCAUCUGGCGCGGGCCCAAGAAGAGCGGCAUCAUCAAGCAGUUCCUCGUGGACGUGCAGUGGGGCGAGCUCGACUACCUCAUUAUUGACACGCCGCCGGGCACGUCGGACGAGCACAUUAGCAUCGUGCAGUACAUGAAAGAAGCGGAUCUGGACGGCGCAGUGGUGGUCACCACGCCGCAGGAGGUGGCGCUCAGCGACGUGCGCAAGGAGCUGAACUUUUGCCACAAGACCAAGAUCAAAGUGCUGGGCGUGGUGGAGAACAUGAGUGGCGUCCAGCGGCGGCUCGACGAUGUCAAGUUUAUCGGAGAAGGCGGCAACGAUGAGACGGACGCUGUGAGAAAGCUACUGCAAGAGAAGGCGCCAGAACUACUGCAGUACUCGGUGCAGAUGGAGGUGUUCCCUGCAUCGAACGGCGGUGGUGAAGCGAUGGCCAAGAUGUUCAAUGUGCCGUUCCUCGGACGUCUUCCGUUAGACAACAAGCUCACAGAGGCGUGUGAAGAGGGCGUGUCGUUUCUGGAGGAGUACCCUACUUCUGUCGCGGCCCCGGUCUUUGGCAAGAUUGUACAGGGUAUCAUUGCGUCGGUGGAAAAGUAG